AUGGUACUACGGUACCCCGAGGGCGCUAUUGCCACUGCAGAGCCCGUAAAUCGGAUACGCUACUAUGUGUGUACCUCGCCUUCCCACCCUGUGGAUGCGCAUCCAUUUCCAGAAUGGUUCGAGCAAUGGAGCAAUACAGUCCAGCUGGACUGGGGUUUGACGCUUGAUCGCUUGAUCGCUGCCCUUUGUCACGGUGUAGCUCCUCAGAAGUUACCUCAGCGGCGCAGGGACCAGUCUAGACCGCCUGUUGAGAGUCGCUGCAAACAGCCCACUGCUGAACAGUUGAACAUCAGAUCUAGUGGACUGUCUGUCGCUACACUCAGCAUUGUAGUAGAUUGA